GGAGACUCGCCGGGGGGGGGGGGACGAUGACAAAAUGACAAUGUGUUUUUCUCUUUACGCCGCCAUACCGGGUGCAUGUGAAUUUCUUAUUCUUGGCAAUGGCGAAACGCCAGAUAAAUUGCAAUGUUUCUAAAGUAAAGUAAUUCGUUAACGCAUAGUAUGAAGUUUUAAUCAUCGGUGAAGAAUUCUGGAUUAGUCUAUUCACUUCUCCGACGCCAUGUUUAGGGAAAAGUUCAAGUAUUAUAAAAAGAAAGAUCCGCCACCGAGCUUCGAGGAGGUGAUCAAAGUGGCCGAACCGAACGUUGACAUUCUCUCCGAGCUGACGAUUAAUUGCGACGACGAUGACGUUCAUGAAUGUGACAAGUAUGGUUUGAGACAUCCGUCGAUGUGGAAUAUCUACGAGCUGAAGUCAUGUCCAGGAUUUAUUUACAUUGUGAAUCCGUUCACGAGUUCGGGUCAACGGUAUUGGGUAUGCAGAUCUUUGGCUGAUUACACCAAGAAACCAAGUGUAACGAAUAUUGACGGCCAUAAAGACGUAGUUGAACUCUUGAAACACGAUAAGUGGUGGGAUAUAGUAAGUUCUAAUUCGAAACACAGCCACCAAUUGAAGAAGAAGCUACGUUGGGCUACGAUGGGUUAUCAUCAUAAUUGGGAUACGAAAAUUUAUUCCGAGUCGUCGAAAGAUCCAUUUCCUAAAGAUCUUGACCAACUUUGUGUGUUCAUCAUUAAGACUGUGCUGAAUAUGGAUUUCCGAGCCGAAGCUUGUAUUGUCAAUUUUUACCACAUGGAUUCGUCACUUUCCGGCCACACCGAUCGAUCUGAGCCGAACAGAGAAGCACCUCUGUUAUCGUUUAGUUUUGGCCAAAGCGCAAUUUUCCUAAUCGGCGGUACCACUUUGGAAGAACGUCCUAACGCUAUACUAGUUGAGAGCGGCGACAUUGCCAUCAUGUUCGGCGACAGCAGACUUAGGUAUCACGGAGUACCUAGAAUUCUUCGAGCUUCUCGCGACCCCUGGAAUAACUUUCAACACCAGCAGCAGUACGUAAAUCAAUCGAUAUCUGUUCCCGAGCUGAGCUGUGGUACGUACCCGAUCACUAGUAAUAAUCUAAUCGCCGAUGCUGACUCGUGGGCACCGUUUUCAAACUACCUGAACGAUUCUCGCAUCAAUAUCAACGUUCGUCAGGUCUUAUCCCCUAAUCAAACAUCAUUGGGCGACGCGCAAAAAUAAAACUCUGUAUUUCCAUGGAAUUACGAUUACCAUGGAUUUUGAAUUUAUGCUCGCGUCUUGAUCCGGAGAGACUAAUUCGAUCGGGCUCAUUCAAAGAUGAGAAUAAUCAACAUCUCACAUCUCUUCAAAACUCCGAUUAUAUCUUCCGUCGAAACGCAAUCGCAGAUAUCCAGAAGGAAACGUAAACGUAAAUCGAAGGCGCAGCAGAAAGCCUGCGCCGUCGAUAACGCUACCGGCGCCGUUGUCGUAUCGCAACCUAACGUGACGAAUUCCGCCGUCGUAGUCGCUCCUGCAGCGAAAAAGCGUAAUCGUCGACGUCGUAAACCAGUCUCAUCGUCGAAUGAUGAUAACCGAAGUAACUCCAUUAACGCCUCUAGCCCGUCCAAGAGUUCUGGUACUUGCUGCGAUGCCACCGUUGUAAAGCCGGUUAACCCGUCGAACGAAGAUGUAAAACAAGAAAUAACGGAGUUGAAGAAUUCUCUACUGGUACUCUCUUCGAAAAAAGAUACCCUCGAACGUAAACUAAAAGAGUUACAAGAUGAAAACGAACGUUUGGCUAAAAAUAACGAGGACUUGAAAGACGAAUUACAAGAGAUGACCGAAGAAGCUUUAGAAUUAUCCGUAGAGAAGCAGAGAUUAUUGGGCAAAAUUGGUUUAUUGAAAAAACAACUUUUGAAUAAACCUAAAUGAAUUCUUAGACGAGUAGAAAACGUCGCCAUUGUCGUCUCGAAUUACCUCGUUAGUACAAUUUAAUUAGGUGAAUCGCGCGUCGCCCGAUAUCUCGCAUGUGUUUUGCGAAAACCGCAAUAAAAAAAUGGUGUUUGAAAUGGG